UCAGCUUGGAAAACGCAGCGCUGUCGACAUCCUCGUAACGCAAUAUAUUGAAGUGUCCUAAUGGAUGUCGACAAUCCCACAGUGUCAGUGUGUUGAUCUCUGCAUGUGUCCUACCGUCAGCAUCAGAGUGUACCCACCUACAACACACUGCGAUUACGUGCGGUCCACCUUCUCGUGUCAGCUGCUAUUACCACUCUUGGAGGUCUUGAAGCCAGUAGGUGUGUACUGCCUCUCGCGCCGCGACGAAGUCCCCUCCACUCUCCCUCUGCAGGCCCAUCGUCUCCAUAUCAAAUGCUCCAUAUCACGCUGCACACCCAACACCACAACACCACAGAGCCGCACUGCAUGCCCUUUUAUCCUCUCGCUUUGUCCUUUCUGACACACUCUGAUGGGGAUGAGCGCCUUCGGUUUGGUCGGUAUGCCCCAUGUAGCGGCUGGCACGCCCCAUGCUUCGACACUGGUUUUCUGGCUCUGAGCAACGCUGUUCACACAGAGCAGACAGGCAGCACAGCGUGUGUGCGUAUGUCUGUGUUGUCUGAUCUGUCUGCGUACCGGGCCUGUUCGGGAUCUAUCACAUAGAUGGCACCCUUGGCGAAUACGAUGAAGUGCCCCUGAGAGAGAUCAUCAGCGCAAGUGAGUCUGUUUGUGCAUAUAUCAUGCAUUCAGUGUGUACCUUUCCGAGCGCCUCUGUCGCUUCAUCCCCACUGAUGCCCAGGGAGCGAGAAGCGACAGAGAGCUUCAU